CGUUUAAUUUCACCAGCAAGUAUUCUUCGCAGACGUCGGGGAAAUAGUUUUGAAAUGGCUACUCUGCUCUGCAGCAUGCUGAUCGGCGCAGGAUAUGCGGCCAUGGUGGUAUCUGGAGUUGCACGUGCGGAGACAGUUUUAAAUGAUCAAAGUAAUGUACCAUUUCCACAUCAAAUCAGGGAGGUAAAGACGGAAGAGGAGGAGAAGGGCAAGCAUGUAACAGGUCAAAAAUAUAAAUUACGUACAUUGCCUGAUUUAGAAAGCCAUCUAGAAGAAAACAUGGCAGAGAUGAUGAGGCAAAAAGAAGACGACGAAAGGCGGAUACGAGAGGAAACAGAACGUUUGGAGUUGGAGGAAAUGGAAUUGGUUGCUGUAGAUAGGUACCAUUAUAGGCGUACUCACGCCUGGGUUGUAAUUGUCGAUAAUGCGUUAUGGAGCAUUAAGCCAAAGAAAACAUAUCUGAAUGACGAAGGUGAUGAAGUACCCGAGACACCAAAGACGCGGUUUAUUGAGGCAUCGACAGGCUUUAUUUGUGAAAAUCAUUGUAAGCAGUAUAUACUUAUUGAUAGCGUAUGGGAUCAUCAAAAUUAUUAUGUGAAUAUGCAAAAGUAUCAAAGAGUUGGUGAAAUACGCUGGAAUCUACAAGAUAACAAUGAUUGGGAGCACCUCUUGCCAGGAGAGCCCCCCGAAAUGCGAAUAUACACUGUAGGCUCUGAUGAAAAUUUCACAGAAAGUAAACGAUCACUAGGAGAAGAGAAGCAUCUAGACACAAUACGGUCAUGGGUCAUUAAACUACAUAUUGGUCUUAAGGAAUUUGUAGAAAGGUUUCCCAACCUAGAAAAAACCAUUCAUUAUGCUGGUGCUGUUCAUGAUCGUUUUUCACCUUACUCCCAACGUGAUGGCAAAGCUGCUCGGUUAACACUGUAUAAUGAUAAGGAGUAUAAAGAGCAAACAAUACGGUGGGAACAUUAUGAAAAUAGAGGAGAUUUGUUACAACAAAUUAAAUAUUUUUACGAUACUGGGAAAAUUGAAGAAAUAUUUUUUAAAGGACGGAAUGACAGUCUCAGAUUUAUGGAAUACAACAGUGAUCCAAAUGAGCCAAAAAUCCUACACUUUUAUCCAGCUACCAGAGUUGAUUCGUUGAAAAACCUCUCAGUAAACAAUGAAAAAAUUGUUUUAAAUUAUAGCGAUCGUGCAGACCGGUGUAUCUUCCAAGAGUUCGAAUUUAAGCCAGGGGGCCAAGUUUUAAAGAAAACAAUUGAAAAAUUUCAGCGCCAAACUAAUGGAAAUAUACCAGCAUACAAAGAUAUUGCAGUGCGAACGAUCCUCUUUUCCCAACGUAAAAUAGUAUUGAAAUUCCAUUAUGCUCGGGGAGCCCUAACAUCGUCAACAUUAGAGUUUAUCAAACCACCGAAACCAAACUACGGCCAAGAAAUCAAAUUUGAUCCUCAGCUUACCAAAUCUUACAAAGCCAACGUUUCAGAUCCUGAUCCGACGACUUUAGAAUUGUAUAAGCUUUUGCUAAAAGAACUUCAACACGAAGAUAAAAUCAAAAAGCAAUUUGAAAAGCUUGUGGAAGAAAUUAACGGAAUUUUCGAUCUGCGCCGGCAAGAAAUUAAAAACCCUAUUCUCAAAUUCAAUAUGUUUGAUCCUUUGCACAACGGAGCCGCUAAAGCUUUACGAAUGAAACAGGCUGCUGAAGAAGAAAUGUUCAAAUUGGACUUGGCAACAAAACCAGCUGAUUUUCUGGCACCCUAUUUGGUACCAUAUAAAAACCGGCCUUUAUCAUUCGAGGAAUCAUGGGCCGCUUACAACGCAUGCUUAAACGACCUUAAAAGUCGGUUUGUGAGAUUAUUGAAUGAACUUCAACGUCAGUACGAAGAUCUUACUACUGAAGCCAAAUCACUGAACCGAUUUCUAAAUAAAUUUGAGGACCAGUUUGACAACCAUAACUAUGAAUCACUUGUAGAACAAGCCAAUACGAUCGCUUCACAAAAGCGAAUGGUCCAACAGCGUUUAACUUUGACGCAUGAGGAAUCACAAAAGAAAUACGAAACCGUGAAAAACUCUCUUAUGAGAGAUGUACGACUACAAUUAAAACCUACACCUGUAGAAGAGAGUAAUUAAAUUCAUAUAUUAUAUUUAAAAAUGUUGCCAGAACUAGUCAAUAUUACCGCAAGUAAUGAUAAUACAUCCACAUAAAAAUUAGUUUCGCCAUGAGUGUCUGACUAUGUAAACUGUAUGUUUUUGGGGUCGUUGAGUCCAAAUCUGAGGUCGGUUAAAUCUGUGUAUGAUUAGUAGGGCAGUCAGCAUUAGUAUAACUCAAUUUACACUUCGGGGAGUUUUUGUGAACAAGUUGUAUACGUCCAGUGCCCUUGUAAAAGCGGUUUUAGAUAAUUAACUUUGAAAAAAGGAUAUUUCUAUAUUAUAGAACGAUAUAUACGUACUUAUAUAUUUAUGUAUAUGUAAUAAAUCUUAAACUGAAUCUUAAAAACUAAACUUGAAAAAGAAAAACAGUAUCCAGUUUGUACAAUAAGUAGGUAUGAAUGUGGAUAUAAAAAAUAGUACUGUAGAAAAAAAUUAAAUAAAAUCGA